AUGUCCCUAUCCGUGUGGGACAUAGGCCAGGGGGAAAAUAUCAUGGCCCAUCCAUCACCUGAUAUAUCACUGGAUAUAUGGGACCCCCCAGACUUGGCCAAGGCCUGGGGGGUCCUUUACGGUGGCAUUACGGAGACCCUGGCAUCACAACGGUAUUGUUACGGUGGACAUAUCGUGGACCAGCAGCCCGGCAAAGGGCUACCACAACCGAACAAGAAGAGAAACCACCGAGAGGGUCAGAGGAACAUGACCCACGUCCAGCUCCCCGUCGCUAUCCUUCCCGAAAGAGCAAUAUCCCACCGCCCCGAAGAGGACAAGCGCCUCCAAACAGAUUGCCAACAAUUUUGUACCGUACCCUCAUCUUGGGCCUGGUCUCCUUGUCUCCCGUCCCCUCCCUCCCGGUCUCCACCGAGCCAUUCUACCGGCCUAGAGACCCUUCCAACAACUACUGCAGCCCCCGGGCUACUUGGCCCUGGCCCCGUUGCCCUCGAAAGGAGGGGGCGAAAGGUGAAAAGAAGGUCGGUCGGAACCCCACAGCAGCCCUACGUCUGCCAAAUCUGGGGGAAAACUGCCCAGGGCAUGUACCUCGCAGCUCGCAUGUCCGCCGCCCUGCCCGUCGCAAAAGCAGCGUGA